AACAGAUUCGGACUGAUUGUAUAAAUCAUCGAUCAUCGAUCAUCGAUCAGUCAGCGCUGUCACGGAGACAGGGAGAGACCUCUCCGGAGCUCUCCGGUACCGGGAAGUGUUCCUCGGAUGGAGGGUUCGGUUUCGGGCUUCACCGUUCAGCGCGCGCCGAGCCUCCGUUCAUCGAUCAGCUGUGAUCGGUUAUUGAUGCCGCCGCCCCGCGCGCCCCUCCUCCUCACAUCACCGGAGGAUGAGUCCGUCCGGGGCUAACAGCUAGCUGCCGUGUACCGGGCGGGUUCUCAUGUCUGUCCGUGUUCUGGCGGCGUUCAGCAGCGAGCAGCGGAGCCGUUACCGUCACGAACCGGACCGGACCUUCCAUGGCUGUCGCUGUGUGUUCCGUCGGGCUGCCCGGUUCGCCUCGCGGCGGGAUGCCGCAGCUGUUCGGUGUUAUGUAAGAAGCGGAGCCGUUAGCCGCUAACGUUAGCCUGUCGGGAUGAACGACGCGCAGCCAGAAAAGUCUCCGGACUUCGUCCUGAUGCGGCUCGUGUCCGCGGCCGAGUACGACCGGCUGGACGAACCGGACGGGUUCGGGCCCGUUAAACCCGUGCUCGGUCACCACAGCGGCGGGUUUGAUCUGGACCCCAGCGGCCCCUCGGCCGGCCUCGGCUCGGCCUCCCCGCACUACAGCUCCCCGCUCCCCGGGAAAGGUGAGCUGGACGGCGGGCUGCUGCUGGCGCAGGCCCCGCCGGGCUCCGACGCGCCGCUGUCCCCUCCGCCGCCGGAGGACUUUGCGGUAGCGGCGCAGCGGUUUGUGGACUAUCCGGUGCAGCACGGCUCGGCCGGGCACGGGUCGAGGGCUCAGCUCAUGGUGUUCCAGAACCUGCUGCGGUCCGGAGACCGGAUCCUGGAGUGCGGGCUGGAGCAGCCGCCCCCGGGGAGACAGCAGCUGGACUCUGGGUCAGGUACCGGUCCCGGCAGCACAGCUGGUCCCGUGCCUGGAGGCGGGAAGGACCGGAACUCACACCCUGCAGAGGACAACCUGCAGCCACAGAACCAGCUCCUCCAGUGGCACCCGGUCCUCAGACUGUCCAAGGACGGGUCCCAGACCGCCCAGCAGGCGGUUCCGGCUCUGGACUCUGAGUCCGGAUCGGUUCUGUGCUACCGACACCGCCUGCUGACAGACCGACUGGCUAAAUGGCCCCCGGGCCUGCUGGACCAAGCCCUGCGUCUGGGCCUUCUGGACUCCGGGGGCGAGGACCCGGUUCUGGCUCUAGCCCGGAGGCUGGGCCAGCUGGGUGAGGGGAGGGAGGGGGGAGGAGGUGGGGGCGAGGUGGUGCUGCCCGUCCCUCGGUGUUCUUGUCACGGCGUGCUGGGCUCGGGCACGGGCGGCGAGGACCCGAGCGAGACCAGCGACGCCCUGCUGGUUCUGGAGGGUCUGGGCUCGGAGGAGGUGGGGCGGCUCGGGGACGGUGAGGACAUGGGGGACGCCAAGGAAGGGGGGAGGGUGGGCGUGUGUGGGACCGGCCUGCCUGGGGGGGCGGGGCCAGUUUCUCUGCGCCACGCUGAGCGGGCGCGUGCCGUGCGGCCGCGCGCGGCAUCGGCGACCCGAACCCGCAGCCAGCAACCGAGCAACCAGUCCCGCUCGCAGCCGCAGAGCCGCGCCACCACCCCCAAACUGGGUGUGGCCUCGGGCGGAGCGGGGCGGUGCCCGUCGCCCCUCGUGGUCCUGGAGGGAGAGGCGGGAGCGGGGGAGAAGAGUGCGCGGGGGAAGUCGAGGAGAGGCGGGUCCCUGAAGGUCCGGCUCAGCAAGCUGUUCAGAACCAAGAGCUCCAGCGGCGGGUCGGGCGGGCUGCUGGACAAGAGGCCGAGCCUGGCGUCGUCCACCUCGUCCGGGGGGAGCCUGCUGGACGUGUGGGGGUCCACGUGCAGCACGGAGCAGGACAGGCUGCAGGUGUCCAGACCUCACAGUGCCUUCUCUCCGGUGCCCUUCACUCCUGCUUUCACCGGUGAGACGGUGUCUCUGGUUGACGUGGAUAUUUCUCGGAGGGGGGUGAGCUCUCUCCACCCUCCGACGCCUCCUCCCCCUCCCAGACGGAGUCUCAGUCUGCUCGAUGAUUUCGGGGGUCCUCCUCAGCAGCAGGGUCCGUUCAUGGAGCACAGUGUUGGGGCGUCCAUGCAGUCUCUGCCUCUGCGUCCUCUGGGCCUGCCUCCGUCACUCAGCACCAUCCAGCACAGCCUGAGCCUCAACGACACCUUCCUCAGAGGGUUACCGAGGCCGGUCCCUCUGCGGCCCGACGGGCAGCACCCUCCCCCACGGCUUUCCCCACGCUGCCCCCUCAGUCGACCCGAUGCCGGCAGCUUCGCCACCAGCCUCCGAGAACUGGAGAAGUGCGGGUGGUACUGGGGUCCGAUGAAUUGGGAGGACGCAGAGAUGAAGCUGAAGGGGAAACCGGAUGGCUCGUUUCUGGUUCGGGACAGUUCAGACCCGCGAUACAUCCUGAGCCUGAGCUUCAGGUCACAGGGCGUCACACACCACACACGUAUGGAGCACUACAGAGGAACCUUCAGUCUGUGGUGUCAUCCAAAGUUUGAGGAUCGUUGCCACUCAGUGGUGGAGUUCAUAGAAAGAGCCAUCAUGCACUCCAAGAACGGAAAGUUCCUCUACUUCCUGCGCUCCAGAGUCCCAGGUCUGCCUCCGACCCCGGUCCAGCUCCUGUACCCGGUCUCCAGGUUCAGCAGUGUAAAGUCUCUGCAGCAUCUCUGUCGGUUCUGCAUCAGACAGCUGGUCCGCAUAGACCACAUCCAGGAGCUGCCUCUGCCCACGCCUCUCAUCUCCUACCUGAGGAAGUUUUAUUACUACGACCCGGAGGAGGAGAUCAGCCCGCCGCUGAAGGAGCGAGGAGGACGGGAGCCCAGCAGCCGGCCAGCGGUCCAGUCCCAAACGUAGCAGCGGAGCCUCAGAGGACCCACUUCUUUUCUUUUCCUUGUUUUUCAGACACACGAUCACUGAAGGACAUUCAUACAUUCAAACUGGACUCACAGCCAAUCAGCUUUCUCUGCUCAGUCCUGUAUCUGGGCGGGUUUCAGAUGAUCCACCCUCCUCCGAGCACUCUGAUUGGCUCGUGGAGAGUCAACAGGGGAGGGGACAGGGGAUGUGGAGACUCCGCCUCUCUUAUGAUGUCAUCACUGAGCAGCUGGACUACAGGAAAUGUGACAUCACUGUUAGCAAAGACGCUAACUGCUAAAAACAAAGAAGGAGCCUCAGAGUGAGGUGAGGAACGUUCAGUCGCCUCUGGGAUCCGUUAGCUUCCAACACAUGAAGAAGACGCUGGAGGUCUUUCUCACUGCCCUCUGUCUACAGGUGGAGCUGAUGUCAUCACCUCCACCUGCUGUAGGCCGCUUCACCAACUUCCUGUUAAACACAUUGAAUGUUUUGAACCGUCCAAUAAAAACACGCAAACAAUUGGUGGGCAGGGCUAGCUGGAAACAUGCCCCGCCCACUCAGGGCUUAGCUGUCAAUCAUGACGUGAAACAUCAGAACGACCUGAACACGUUUGGGGAACAUUUAUUUAACGUUUUCUUUUAGUUUGUCUCAUCUGCUCUCCACCAGGGGGCGAUACUCGUCAAAUCAGCUCAAUGAGAGCUGUACGACGUAAACACGACGCAGGUUGAGAAAGACCUCGUCAGCGCACGCCGAGCCCAAACUUUCCCCAAACUUUCCCCAAACUUUCCCGUCCACAGGGAAGCUGCUCGGACUCAAAGACUUCCUGUCAGUUCUGGAGCUUUCGGUCGGAUCAUGAAGUCGUCCUCGGUUUGCCUCGUUGUCGUUGAGUCGUAGAUUUCUUUCUGAGCACUUUAACAAGUUUUUGUCAUGUUGACUUGAAAAGUUCAUUCUUCACCAUGGAAACGGGUCGGUCCCUUUAGUAACCGUUCUGGAGCUUUCAACCUCCAAAGUUCUUCUUUGCUCUGUUUAAGGCUGGUCCACGUUGAUGAAUGAAUGUGACCUGAUGAAGACCUCAAAGCUCUUUGAUCAGGUCCAGCUGGAUCCUGGUUGAAAGCUCCAGAAGUGAAGACUGAACCUUCAGUUUGACCUCAUGCUGGAUGUUUGUUUUUGUUUUCUACCGUAAUUUAUCAGAUCAAUAAAGUUUCUGUUUGAUUCCUCUGUUAAAGUUCUAUGACCCGACCCGACUCCACCGUUAGCAUUCAUCCACCUUCUAGCUAACGUUACAGUUUGAUUUGGUUCAGGCCUGUAAACGAUCAAACAGUAAUGUUAGCGCUGAAUGCUAACGGUGAUGAAUCACGUUUAAUCGCAGCAUCACGACAUUUUCCCACUGCAAGCCUGCAUGUCCUUCAGAGUGUAACGAGAUCCAACAUAAGUACUGACCUUAAAACACGAAGGUCAUCUGCAGCUUCACGUUACGCACAUGUUCUGGUUCAGAUCGGGUUGGGGUCAGAACUGUAGCUGUGAAUCUGAACCAGCACAAACUGAAGGAAGCAGCUGUGUUUGUUUAAGGAGUGGAGAGGUUAACGUGAAGCUGACGUCACGUUGACGUGAAGCUGACGUCACGUUGACGUGGAGCUGACGUCACGUUGACGUGGAGCUGACGUCACGUUAACGUGAUCUCGUCUUUUUAUUUCUGAUUGUUCUUAAACUGUAACAGGAAGUUGAAACUUGACAUCGGAUCUCAGAGGCGACAAAAAGACCAAAAACUGGAAACAGUCGAAACGAGUCGAAGCGUGACGACUGCUGAACUACAACGUUUGACUGGAGCGAGCCGGCGUUUGGACGGACCGGUUACUGAUGCUGGUUCUGACCCGGCAGACACUGGGAACACUGGGAACACUUCCAUGAUGUCAAACAGUGACGGGUUUGAUGAAACAUGUGGAACAUUGUUUUUGGUGCGACGCCGUCAUUUUUGUGAGGUCACCUGUUAAUAAAACAGAGUGGGCGGGGCUAAUGUCUGUCUGCAGGUGGAGCUCUU